GUGAUAACAACAGCCAUGGCCCAUUUCUCUAUCGCAACUCGUCCUCCUUCAACAUUAUCGUACCUCUCACCCUUCAGCUCCCCUCCUAUGGAAGCGUCACCUCUUACUCGCCAGCCUCAGCCCGAGGUCUUUACCCCCAAGAUCAUCCAGCUCUACGAUUCUCUCUUCAAGGUAGAUAUCCGCAACCGCCGAAACCUCCUUGCGCCCGCCUCGACUGAUCGCCCCUUUUGCUCGAAUUAGGAUGACUACGACGAUGAAGAGAAGACAGAUGGCUUCUGGACAGAGUUUUUCCUCCUCAGACCCGAUCGCGCCGCCCUGAGACGUAUCCUUAACGAGUUGAGCCCCAGCCAUGUCUUGUCGCUCGAUGUGCGGACGCAGGAGCUCUUUGCGAGGGGUAUAGCUGCGCUCAAGGGCUCGCAUAGCCUUGCGCAGCUGCACGCGCUGGACGUGAGUCGUAUACGACCGCAAUGCAGUUCGCGAAUUGGUCCUAACAACCGAUAGACGCUCAGUGUCUUUCUAUCAUGCCUCCUCUCCAAACGAUACCCGCAUCCGAGCUCCGAUAUCAUGGUUCUUCUUGCAGGACUCGAUCAGAUCGAUGCCGUGUUCACCGACUUUGUCAGCGCUGUGGAGGCUAUAAUAAGGAAUAGCAAAGAGUUGGAGGUUCGAUACAAGGCGGUCGAAGUGCUGUUGGCGGUAACUGCUGGGGCGUACCAGACAACACUGUUGACGUACUUGAUCCAAAGAGAUCUCUUUCCCGCAGUCAUGAAGUUCAUCCAAGACGCAGAAACGUCAGAUCAAGUCCUACAACCCUUCACAUUACUAGGCCUCCUAGCAAACUACAACAAAUUCGAGUUCCAGAACCCUUACCAGCAAAGAUUAAACGACUUUGUCAACGAAGCCGUGAUUCAAAAGAUCGUGGGCGCAGUAGGACAAGCGUGUCAGAUAGUUCGGUCUCGAUACAUCACGAUCCAAGACGAUCUUCCUGAAGGCUGGACCUUCAGCGCUACUCUCAACAUGAUCGGACUCGGCGCGAUCGCUCCCGGGCCAAAACCUGUGAAGAAGCCUGUGUAUGAUGUUGAGACUGCCAAAGCUCUCUUCACCAAGCUACCUGAGGAAGAAGCUGCUGUUCUCCUAGCUACUUACGACUUCACCCACGCCAAUAAGCUCUUCUGCUUCAACCUAGUAACACAGGCAGCUGAACCAGGCGCUGAGCAACCCAUCGCCAGCUAUGUCUCUCUCACCUCCUAUCUCCUCCAACACGCCUACCUCUCACCCCGCGCCACAUACUACGCCCAUCUCAACCUCAUGGUCUUCCGCCUCCUGAUCGAAGAUCCCACAAUCUGCAAGCGUAUCUGCAGCGAUGAAUCCCGCGUCGCAGUGCGUCUGUGUCGACAGCGACAGCCUUACCUCCCUCUCGUCAAAGGCGAGCGAGUCCUUGCCAUUUCACUUCUAGACACUAUGAUUGACGGUGUGAAUCAUAAUCUUCGUCGUCGUCUCGAUGUCAGUCUUUACACACUCUGCUUUGGCAUCAUGCUUCGUAUUAUCUCAUAUCUCUCUCGUACACGCACUCGGCUGGAGUAUCAUUGGCCUGAGUUCUUCCGGUCUUUGCUCUCCAUCGUUCGCUUCCUGGCUACAUACACAGCCGAUCUGAAGGAUCUACCACAUAUCGAUACUCUUCUCGACCACGUUGUUAACCUCAUCGCCCUAUCCCUCUCCGCUGGUGAAGCCUUCCUCCCCUCGCCAGCAGACUACGACGAUCUGUUCUACAAAGUCGUCGAGUCCGGUGAGGUUCUCACCAAGUUCAAGGAGAACUACCGCCUUGGUAACCGUAACAGCAACUCCAUUGAUACGCUUAUUAACGUUAGUGCGCAUUACAACCAGAUGCUUUCAGAAGGUGGCGCGAAUCGUCGUAAGCCUAGUCUUUUGACGACGCAGGAGGUCACGGAGGUUAUUCGUCAGGGUUAUGAGACGUUGAGUAUUCAGGCGAAGGAGGGACUGGAUUCAUGGGAGAGGUACCGGGAGGCGGAUGAGAGGACGUUGCUCAAGAAGAUGGCGAGAGCAGCGGUUGGUGAUGUGCGAGUUAUGGUUGAGCGGUAGAUUGUGUACCUUAGGUAGUCUAAUAUCACUAUGAGACGGUUCAGAUUGAACUCUGAGGAGUAUACGAAUUGCAUUCACAAGUUGUGAUAUGUCCGAUU